CAAAUAAUUUGAGCUAUGGGUAAGAGGUUACUGGUACUGGGGGCGUCUGGACAGACGGGACAGAACCUCAUCAAACAAGCUCUGGAGAGGAACCACCAUGUCACCGCUCUGGUAAGAGAUCCUACUAAGAUUGAGAUAGAAAAUGAGAAUCUGGAUGUUGCAAAAUGUAACAUUUUUGACAAAGAAGAUCUGAAACAGCAUGUUGAGAAAGCAGAUGUGGUCAUGAGUUGUCUUGGAUUUGCCCUGGCCUGGAGUGAGCCUGUCCCGCAGUUUCGUGAAAUAUCUAUGAACUUAUCAGAGGUUAUGAAAGAGUUUGGAAAGAGGAGAGUUAUCUUUAUGCACUCCUGGUACACAAACACAGACUCCUGGUCUAACGCUAGUUUUAUAAUGAGGAACGUGUUCCUGAGACUGGUGAUAGGUCAGGUGCUGGCGGGUAUGAGACUCAGUGAGCAGUUUCUGGAGACUACCGACCAUCUGGAUUACACGUGUGUGCUCCCAGCUGGGCUCUCUAAUGAACCUGUUACAGAGAAACUGUUCGCCGUAAACGACGACGGACAGUCCAUAGUACCGGGGUGUCCCUCAAUGAUAAACAGAGCUGAUGUAGCUAGGUACAUGCUGGAUGUUAUUGAGGACGAGAGUAGCUACAGGAAGAUAAGAGCUAUUGCUGUGGACGGACCUGUGUCUAAGUAGUCGGUAGUGUUGUGGCAUACUACACUACUGAACCUGUGGGUGGUUCUAGGUACAGACUUGGGAGAUUUGGAAUUUUAAGUGAAUGAUCUUUGUUUGUUUGAAGUGUAAUAAAGUAAUAAGGUUGGGGUUAUAUUGGCCAGAUUGUUGUUUUCAAGUUUUUUAGGUUCUUCUCGGCUGGAUUGUGAUACGAAAGGUUGUCGGUGUCAGUUUAUCAAAUAAAUUAUUAACGGUUUUUCAGUUUUAUCUUUAUGAAUCAGUUAUCAGUGAUGUUUUGAAAUACAAAUUUUUAAAUUUAUGUUUAAAUCGAUUUUCUUCGUUAUCAACUAAACCGUGAUCUCAAACUUUAAGUUGCAAACAUAUUUUGAUAAUGUGUUUUUGUAAAUGUUAAAUUUGUAUCAUUUGA